AAGGAGCAGAGCGGGAUUCCUAGAGAGGACAGGAAGGGGAGGGCGGGGGAGGGCAAGGUCCUCCCCAGCAGAAGCCCCUCCCUGCCCAGUCCCUUCCUGCGAGCAACGAGGAGGCUGCUUUGUUCUCUCUGCUUUGCAAAAACUUCCUCGGUGCCCCUCCUGGAAUCUGGACCCUGCAGCUUGUGGUGGCUUCUCGACUCCUCAGGAAGGAUGAAAGAGACUGAAUCUGUAAACCUAGCGAGGAUGGAAGGGGGAAGAUGGACAGUUGACCUGGUCAGGUUGUCUCCUGCAUCCCUCCUCACAGCCUCUGAGCGUUCCCUCCCAGGGACCUCCGAGAGAUCUGAUGGUGAUGAGUGGGAAGGGAAGAACAAGGGGGACCACAACAGAAUCCACAUAUCGGAGAAAUCAAAUAAAUAUUCAGAGUAUGGAGAGAACAUCGGCCAGAGCUCCCAGUCCACCUCCCAUCAACGAAAGAGCUUCAUUCGGAGGGAUAGCCUCACUUCACAUGAAAGAAUUCACAGAGGAGAGAAAUUGUAUCACUGCAGAGAAUGUGGAAAGAGCUUCAAUUGGAAGUGUAAUCUCACUUCCCAUCAAAUAAUUCAUACGGGGGAGAAACCCUAUCAGUGCUUUGAAUGUGGAAAGAGCUUCAGUUGCAGCUCAAAUCUCACUUCCCAUCAAAGAAUUCAUACAGGGGAGAAACCCUAUCAGUGCUUGGAAUGUGGAAAGAGCUUCAGUCACAGGCAGAAUCUCAGUUCCCAUCAAAGAAUUCAUACAGGGGUGAAACCCUAUCAGUGCUUUGAAUGUGGGAAGAGCUUUAAUCAAAACAUACAUCUCACUUGCCAUCAAAGAAUUCAUACAGGGGAGAAACCCUAUCAGUGCCUGGAAUGUGAAAAGAGCUUCAGUCACAGACACCAUCUCGGUUCCCAUCAAAGAAUUCAUACAGGGGAGAAACCCUUUCAGUGCCUGGAAUGUGGGAAGAGCUUCAGUUGCAGCUCAAGUCUCACUUCCCAUCAAAGAAUUCAUUCAGGGGAGAAAUCCUUUCAGUGCUUGGAAUGUGGAAAAAGCUUCAGUCAGAGGCAGGGUCUCACUUCCCAUCAAAUAAUUCAUACAGGGAAGAAACCAUAUCAGUGCUUGGAAUGUGGGAAGAGCUUCCGUCACAGCAAUAGUCUCACUUCCCAUCAAAGAAUUCAUACAGGGGAGAAACCCUAUCAGUGCUUCGAAUGUAGGAAGAGCUUCCGUCACAGCAAUAGUCUCACUUCCCAUCAAAGAAUUCAUACAGGGGAGAAACCCUAUCAGUGCUUAGAAUGUGGGAAGAGUUUCAGUCAACACCUCCAUCUCAUAAUCCAUAAAAGAAUCCAUACAGGGGAGAAACCAUAUCAGUGCUUGGAUUGUGGAAAGAGCUUCAGUCGCAGCCAAAGUCUCACUUCCCAUCAAAGAAUCCAUACAGGGCAGAAACCCUUUCAGUGCUUGGAAUGUGGGAAGAGCUUCAGUCACAGACAACAUCUCACUUCCCAUCAAAGAAUCCAUACAGGGGAGAAACCCUUUCAGUGCUUGGAAUGCGGAAAGAGCUUCAGUCGCAGCCAAAGUCUCACUUGCCAUCAAAGAAUUCAUACAGGGGAGAAACCCUAUCAGUGCUUUGAAUGUGGAAAGAGCUUCAGUCAGAGCCACAGUCUCACUUCCCAUCAAAGAAUUCACACCAGAGAGAAAUCUUCUUAGUGUUUGGAAUGUGGGAAGAGCUUCAGUCAGAAUGCCACUCUCAUGGCCCACCAAAUAAUUCAUACAGAGUUGAAAGCAUAUCAGCGCAUGGAAUGUGGAUAAAAUUUCACUUGUAAAUAAGUCAAUUCAAGAACUCACAGCAGGGUAAAUAAUAGAAUGGAAGAUUCGGAAUCUAGUCCAACCCCCGCCCAUGCAGAAAAAAACUCAUUUCAAGCAUCCAUGACAGAUGGCCAUCCAACUUCUUCUUAUAGACCUCCAAUGAAGGAGAGUCCACCCCCUUCUGAGGGAGUUC